UGUAAUAGUAUAAUUGUCGUUAUAUUUUAUAGGUAAUAAAGUAUCAUGGAUGACCUGCCUAGUUUAGUAUACAGUAGUCAACCAGAAAAUAAGGAAUUUCUACGAAAUAGAAAUAUACCGAUUCAAGAAGAUCUGAUUUCUAUAGAGACUGAUGAUGAAGAUACUUAUGAAGAACUGAUUAAUGAUUAUUCUAAUUUACAUAAUGAUAGAGAAUUAUUAAAAAAUGACAAUGAAUUCCAAGCAGUAAUUAGAAAACUUAAGAGUGAAAGUACUCAAAGAUUUAAAAAUAAAUGGGAAGAAAUUCUUCAUAAAUAUUCAAUUAUUGAUGAUGAAAAGGAAAGUGAUGAAAUUGAUUUAUCAACUGGAUUAAUAAUACGAGAUAAUGGACAUUUAAGAUCAUUAAAUACUUCCAAUGAACGAGUAGGAAAUGUCAAACUUGAUCGAAAUAUAUGGGAUUAUAAUUAUGAUGUAGAUAAAGAAGUAAGUCAACAAAAACUGAAUGAAGCACGUAGAAGAAGACGUAAACAAGAAUUAAAAGCUAAACUUAAACAAGAACAGAAAUUUCAUAAUAUUAAUUUACAGAAUGAAAUCAAUUCUAAAUCGAAGAAACGAAUUCCAACUGAAGAUAAUUUAUUACAAUUAGAUCCUUCACCAACAAAGAAAUCUCGACUACAAAUUUCAAGAUCAUCUAGUCCAAUUAAAUUAGAAUAUAUAUCACCAAUGAAGGGUAAAAUACCUUGUGAAACAGUAAAUGUAUCACCUAUAAAAGCUCGAAAUUUAAAUAAUUCUAAUCCAUUUCAAGAUGAUACUCAAUUCUUACUGUAUGUAAGUAAAGAAUCAAGUUAUAUGUCAUCUCAUGAUAGUGAAACUUCAGAAACUUCAAGAGCUAAUCCCAGUGAUGAUUCAGAUAAUUUAUAUUCUACUCCUAAAUAUAUUAAUAUUACCAAUAAUACUAAUACUUAUGAAUCAUCUACAGAAGGUGAAGAAAGUGAAAGCUUUGAUGAUGAAUAUCUGAUUGUAUUAGAUCCCUUAGGUAUUAAUAAUAAUAAUAUUGAUCCAAUUCCAGAAACCAUUAUAUAUCAAUGUGCAUUUAGUGAAUGUACAUAUUGUACAGGUAAUAAGUCAUUAUAUCAAUCUCAUUUAUUAGAGAAACAUUCAGCUGAACUUCAUUUCAUUGGAUAUCCCAUAUCUCCUAUUCCUGAUUAUAUGCCUCAUAAGAUUCGAUUUAAUGAACAAAGAUUAAAUAAACAUUUCCCAUUAACUUAUGAUGUACCACCUAUUCCAGAUUCAGGUGAUGGACAAGCCAUAAUAUGUAAUAAAAGUUUAGAAAAUGGUAAGCUUUGUCAAAAGAGUUUUCCAACUAUGAAACAUUUAUUAAUUCAUCAACAAGAGAAUAGUUGUUCUUCAAAAAAGCAAGUACUAAUGUGUCCAUUAUUAGGAUGUGGAUUUCUAACUGAAGAUGGAUAUUUAGAGUGGAGAGCUCAUUUCAUUAAGGAAAACCAUCAUUUACAGCCUACCCAGAGAGAAUCAUCUAACUUUCAAUAUGAUAUACUGGAUGAAUUGGAAUUGGAAGAGGAAGAGGAAGAUUCACAGCCAGGCGCUGUACCAGAAGAUAUCAAUGAAUUGUUUAGUGAUGAAGAUUCUGAAUUUGACAAUCAAGCAGAUGAAGAGUCAGGUGCUGAGAAUGAAGAUGAUGAACAAGAUGAUGAAGAAGAAGAGGAAGAAGAACAAUUCCAAUAUUUAUCUCCUAUAAAACGAGAGAUUAGACAUGUUUCUGUACAAGAGCCAUGUUUUAGUGAUGUACCACUAAUUACUGAGGAGACAACUCCCAAAGAGAUUCAUAAUGAUUCAUUAGAUGAAUUAUUCAAAUAGGGUACUUUUAUAUUUGUAAUAAUAGAUUAAUUAAUAUUUAC